UUUGAACAAUGUAUAUAAGACCCUGUUCCUUUUCUCUCAGAACCAUUCUCGAGAAGCAACUUAUCACAUCACAAUCCCAACAAGAAAUCAAACACCAAACAACAUCUUCGAGGCCACACAUCCUUCCAUCCACAACUACAAUCACCCAACGAAACCAAACCAAACACCACAACCGCAAAUAUGGGCGCCGUCGUGUCUUGCAUCCAAUCCGUUUUCCGAACCAUCGGUAACUGCCUGACUUCAGUCAUCUCGGGUAUUGGAGGUAUCCUCCACGCCAUCAUCGGCGGCAUCGUCUCCUUCUGCAACAUCAUCAUCAGCUUCCUCACCUGCGGCUACUGCGGACGCCGCGGCGGCGGUGGUCGCAAGACGCGCACGCGCCAUACGACCUCGACUAGAAGUCGAGUCUAAUCCGAACGAGGCCCCUCCUUCACCCGAGAAAAUCGACACGCCAGUGAGCGCUCGACGAGUUAGAUGAGGGAUAUGGAAGGAGUUAUCGACAUGAAAGCAUUGUACGACUAGCGAAAUCUUCGCGACAACAACAGGAGGCAGAGGAAGGAUGAGAUGCGAAUACUUGCGGCUGCUUUAUUCGAGCGAGCGCAACCAGCUUUGACAGCAUACCCUAGUGUUUUCCUUUACGAUACCCAGAUACAAGUUAGCUUAACUUUUAAUGGCAUAACCUGAUAUCCAUGA